GCGUGCGGGGGAAAGGUCGAACUGGCCGGGGCUCCCGGACCACCCGGCGCUCCGGGCUUCCCUUUGUUGCAGCUUGGCGCACGUUUGUAAUUUAUACUCUCACAGCCUGGGCAGAGUGGCUCUCGACGAUCACGAGAGCUUUGUGUUUGUGUCCGGUAGCGCCAGAGCCAACACGUUCUCCUCCUUCUCCGGCACUUUGGUGUCAUUUAGUGGAAAUGCGCCGGUGCCUUUUAUGUAGUGAGCUCUCUACGUUCCGCACGCGCUGAGUCAAGGCAGACGUAGUAGUAAUUCUGAAAGAACGUGUGUGGGAAAAUCCAGCUCCAGCGACGACAGGCUGGCAAGAACAAAGACUGUUUUUGCAGGAUGCUGUUCUUUCUGGAGAAUUGUACACAGUUGUGACUGCUCGCCACCGAGGAUGCCCCUGCUGGGUCUUUGUUGAGGUCGGUUACAGCGAGAAGCAUGCUUUCCACUGCUCUCCCUGAUCCCGUUUGCCACCCAGGAUGUCUGUGAGUGAGAGCGCAGUGUUUGUCUACGAGUCCUCUGUGCACAGCACCAGCGUCUUGCUCAGCCUCAAUGACCAGCGGAAGAAGGAUGUGCUGUGCGAUGUCACUGUCCUGGUGGAGGGCCAGAGGUUCCGAGCCCACCGCUCGGUGCUGGCUGCAUGCAGCGGCUACUUCCACUCGAGAAUCGUAGGCCAGACUGAUGCUGCUGAGCUCACCAUCUCACUGCCUGAAGAGGUAACAGUUAAAGGAUUUGAACCUUUAAUUCAGUUUGCCUACACUGCCAAACUCAUUUUAAGUAAGGACAAUGUUGACGAAGUGUGCAAGUGUGUGGAGCUCUUAAGCGUACACAACAUCGAGGAAUCCUGCUUUCAGUUUCUCAGGUUUAAGUUUUCGGACUCCACCGCAGAGCAGCAGGAAUGCGCGAGGAAAAAAUGCUUCUCCUCACAAUGUCGGAAGGCAGACUUUACAUUUUCACUUUCCGAACAGAAAGAUCUAGAAAUUGAUGAAGCAGAGGAAUUCUUGGAAAAGAAAAAUGUUCAGACUCCUCAGUGUGACCCCCAAAUGUGUCGGGGCAAUGUGAAAGCAUCCCCCCCUCUCCAAGACAGCGUCACUCAGACGUGCCAGUCCACAUGCUUGGAAAAGGAUGGAGCCCUGGCGUUGCCAUCUUUAUGCCCCAAAUACAGAAAGUUCCAGAAAGCAUUUGGAACUGACAAAAUCCGUAGUACCCUAGAAUCCACCAUCAAAGAUGUUCGUGCCGCUUCUGUCCAACCAAAUGAGACAUCCGAACUUGAGUGUUUAGGGGGAGUACAGGGCUGUGCAGAUUUGCAAGUGAUUUUAAAAUGUGAAGGAACGAAGGCAACCAUGGAGAUGGAAGAGCCAAAGUGCAAAGACCCCACCUCUCAGUGCCCUGCAGAGCAGGCAGAAGUACCUCCUCUGCCUCAGAGUUCUGCAGAUCCUCAUGGGUUCUAUCCCUUGUCAGUCCUACACACGUACGACCAGUCAGGUGACGCGGGCUUUGCUGGGAUGCAAAGUAAAACAGUGAAAACAGAAAAGCCUGUGUCGGUUCCAGAAGCCCAGGAAGAGAAGCCACUUGAAAAUCAGGAUUUAUACCUGAAAUCUGACAUGGGCCCCAAAGAAGACAGCAGCAGCCUGGCAUCCGGUGAUCGGAGUAGCGUGGAGCGAGAAGUGGCAGAGCACCUGGCCAAAGGCUUCUGGAGUGACAUUUGCAGCACGGACUCUCCUUGCCAAAUGCAAUUGUCACCUGCCGCGGCCAAAGACAGCUCAGAACAGGGCUACUCACAAAGGCGGUCUGAGUGUCCCUGGUUGGGCAUCAGGAUCAGCGAGAGCCCUGAGCCAGGCCAGCGGACCUUCACAACGCUCAGCUCCGUCAACUGCCCCUUUAUAAGUACCCUGAGUUCUGAAGGCUGCUCAAGCAACUUGGAACUCGGAAACUACGAUUAUGGCACGGAGCCUCAGCCCGACCCUUGUCCAUAUGCUUGUGUGAUUAGCUUGGGUGAGGACUCGGAGACCGACACAGAGGGCGACAGCGAGUCCUGUUCUGCCAGGGAGCAGGAGUGUGAGGUGAAGCUGCCAUUUAACGCUCAACGAAUAAUUUCGCUCUCACGAAAUGAUUUCCAGUCCUUGUUGAAAAUGCACAAACUGACCCCAGAACAGCUGGACUGCAUCCAUGACAUCCGCAGAAGGAGUAAGAACAGAAUUGCUGCGCAGCGCUGCCGCAAGCGGAAACUUGACUGCAUCCAGAACCUUGAGUCAGAGAUCGAGAAGCUGCAAAGUGAGAAGGAGAGCUUGCUGAAGGAGCGAGACCACAUCUUGUCAACGCUGGGUGAGACAAAGCAGAACCUGACCGGCCUUUGCCAACAAGUGUGCAAGGAAGCCGCUCUGAGUCAAGAGCAGAUUCAGAUCCUUGCCAAGUACUCGGCCUCAGACUGCCCGCUUUCCUUCUUAAUUUCUGAGAAAGGAAAAAGUCCUCCUGGUGGUGAACUAGCCUUUGCUUCAGUUUUCAGCAUGCCUGACAUGCCUCCAGCUGCACCCCCUCCCUGUGGGCGAAGGAGCAGCGAGGCCGGCCAGGAGCCCGUGCGGGAGUCCGAGCCUGUCCCUGCAGCUACCCUGGAGCGGGCCACGCUGUUGGAGCCCUGUCGGCCGAGUGCCGGGAUCUCAGACUUCUGCCAGCAGAUGACUGAGAAGUGUACGACAGAUGAGUGAACCGCAUGAGUGAGCUGCAGCCCGUGGUUUCCUGCUGAAGUUCUGGCAUCGUCUUGAGAGCCGACUGUGGCCGUGUCUUCUUGCUUAGCAGUCCUGCUUCCUCCUGGUAGCUUCCUAUUGAGGGGAUUUCUCUUUCCAGUGACCCUGAGUUCUCCUUGAGUUUCCCAGGAGACAUGACAUGAUUUACCUCUUGGAUGCCGAAGAAUCACACGAGAAACUGUAGAGUCACCAAGUAAUGAUCUCCCAGUAUUCAAAAUGACUUUGACAGUGGCAGCUGCAGCAUCCGCUUCAGCAGCCUGAAGCAUGUGCCCAUGGUCCUCCUGAGCUGCAGAUAAUCUACUGAUCAAAAAGAAAACUCUCUCC